AUAUUUUGAACCUGAAUAAAAAUCCACCCAAAACUUACACUUAGUUCUUUGGAAUGAACAAACAUCUAUGGAUUCCAUCAAAAUUUUGUCUCUCUUGAAAUCAUCUUCAACAUCACUGAAACGAGGCAAACUGUUGCACCAAAAGAUUGUUAUUUUAGGCUUACAUAGCAACAUUACCUUAUCCAAGAAUCUGAUUACUUUAUACAUCUCUUGCCAAGAUUUCCAUUCCGCUAAACUGGUUUUUCAAAAUCUUGAGAACCCUCUUGAUAUCACUUUGUGGAAUGGUCUCAUUGCUUUUUAUACUAAGAACCAACUGUUCAAUGAAGCUCUUCACCUCUUUGACAAGCUGUUGCAAUUCCCCUAUCUUAAAGCUGAUAGUUACACCUUUCCUAGUGUUCUCAAGGCUUGUAGUGGUUUAGGAAAAGUUCAAUAUGGUCAAAUGAUACAUGCUCAUUUGAUUAAAACUGGGCUUUUAUCAGAUGUUGUUGUGACAAGUUCAGUCAUUGGGAUGUAUGCGAAAUGUGACUUGUUCGGUUCUGCUAUACAGCUGUUUGAUGAAAUGCCUGAAAGAGACAUUGCAUGUUGGAAUACUGUCAUUUCGUGCUACUAUCAAAGUGGCCAAUUUGACAAAGCCCUUAAAUUCUUUGAGAAGAUGAAGAAGGAUUUGAGAUAUAUGCCUAAUUCGGUUACCUACACAGCUGCAAUCUCAUCAUGUGCAAGGCUAUUGGAUAUGGAAAGAGGAGAGACAAUUCAUCAGGAAUUAGUGAAUUAUAAGUUUCCGUUGGAUGGUUUUGUAAGUUCUGCUCUUGUGGACAUGUAUGGAAAAUGUGGCCUCUUAGAGAAGGCUAAAGAGAUUUUUGAGAAAAUACCUGCCAAGAGUUUGGUUUCUUGGAAUUCCAUGAUUUCUGGGUACAGCUUGAGAGGUGAUAGCAAAUCAUGCAUUCAGCUUUUACAAAGGAUGAACAAAGAAAACAUGAAACCGUCUUCUGUGACUUUAAGCAGCUUAUUAAUGGCGUGCUCUAACUCUGCUCAACUGCAGCAUGGGAAGUUUCUUCAUGCAUAUAUAAUUCGAAAUAACAUACUAUCUGAUGUCUUUCUUAAUGCUUCACUUGUUGACUUAUAUUUAAAAUGUGGCAGAGUUGAGACUGCCCAAAACAUCUUCAGUAAGAUCGCAAAAAACAAUGUGGAAGCAUGGAACAUAAUGAUCUCUGGAUAUGUGUCAGCGGGCUACUACUUGGAAGCUCUUGCCAUCUAUAAUGACAUGAAGUUGGCACGGAUAAAGCCUGAUGCAAUCACUUUGACUAGUGCCUUGGUAUCUUGUUCACAGUUGGCAUCCUUAGAACAGGGAAAGGAGAUCCACAAGUGUAUCAUUGAUAAUAAGUUGGAAUCCAAUGAAAUUGUUAUGGGAUCGCUGCUUGAUAUGUAUGCUAAAUGUGGUGCAGUAAGUGAAGCUUUUGAGGUCUUUGAUGAGUUGCCUGAGAGAGAUCUUGUAUCAUGGACUACAAUGAUUGCAGCAUAUGGAUCUCACGGCCAAGCUUUUGAAGCGCUAAAACUCUUUAAUGAAAUGUUGCAUUCUAAUGUAAAACCCGAUAGAGUUGCAUUCCUUGCAGUAAUUUCUGCAUGUGCUCAUGCAGGAUUAGUGGAUGAAGGUUACCACUAUUUUAAUUUAAUGGUAAGUGUCUGUGGCAUUCAACAGUCAGCUGAGGAGUACUCAUGUCUAAUUGACCUUCUUGGACGUGCUGGAAGAUUGAGUGAAGCCUAUGCAAUUCUGCAGAGCAACCCUAACAUCAGGGAAGAUGUUGAGUUGUUAAGCGCAUUAGUUUCUGCAUGCCAUUUACAUGGGGAGUUAGAGAUUGGAGAAGAAAUUGCAAAGACGCUUACUCAAAAGGAUGAAGAUGAUCCAUCCACUUACAUUGUUUUGGCAAAAUUAUAUGCUUCACAGAACAAAUGGAAUGAGGUACGCAAGAUGAGACUGAAGAUGAAAGAGCUGGGGUUGAGAAAGAAACCUGGAUGUAGUUGGAUUGAAGUAGACAAGAGGAUUCAAACAUUCCUGGCAGAUGAUAAAUCAUUCCCGCUAGUAGACAAUGUUUAUCAAUGUCUAUCUUUAAUAAAUAGUGACAUGGAAACCUAUGAAUGCUUAAGCAUUGAUAGCAAGGGAGAUGAAUACUACUCAAGGCCAAGUACUUGUCCAAAUGAAUCUCCUUGCUCAUAGACAAAACUUUGUUUUUCCAUAAAGACAAUCAUAAUACUGCCUCUCACUGACAGCUGAUCAGGGAGGCGUUGUUUGGUCUCUUUUGGACCUUCACCUCUUAGUGGAUAAGAGCAAGAUCCUUCACAUUCAAAUUGACAGUUGUGAAAUAUUUGUGGUAAGACUUUUUUUUAUAGCUUUGUUUAUAUGUAACAGUAAGAAUACUAAGUGUUAAUAUUGUUACCAUCCUAUAAUUGCAUUGGCUGGACUCGUGAGAGACAUCACUUUCACACGAGUUGGACAAGUUUUGUCUACCUUUCCUACUUCGUAUGUUAGCCUUGUGGCAAAAA